AUGAACGUCACGCUCAAAAUCUGCUCUGUCCUCGCUCUAGCCGUCUCCGCACUGGCGUUGCCCACGACCGACACGCGAGUUAUCCAACUCCGUCUUUGGGGCGAAACCGGUUGUGCCGAGGAGAACAACGGCGAACUCGGCCUGUACCAAUCCGGCCUUAAUGAAUGUGGCACCUUCGCAGGUCCCGAAGCCAUCCACUCUAUCACCACCUACUACGUUGUAUCCGGGUAUGCUGUUGUGAAUGUUAAGAGAAUAGUGCACUAUAUUCAUGAUCGAGAAUAUGUGAGAUUCCAGAAUAGACUAUGUAAAGAGAAUCGACAUUAUGGUGCGAAUCCUCUAUUCUUUAGACGUGUAAUAACUAUGACCUAG